UUUAGGCCAAGGACGAUAUGUAGCUUAUCCUUUUCCUUCCAAAGAAGCUUCUCAAACCAAACCAAACCAAACAGCGAGGAAAUAAAACGAAAAGACCUCCCACCACAUCCUCCUAAACUUUAAAGCCACAAGGACACAAACAGGUUCUGGUUCAACGGGGCUUGCAUUAGUCUCACGUUUUCACUUGGGCCGUUUUGAUACGGUACAUUCAUCGCUUAUAAGCGCCUGGUUUUCCCUUCUCUUUCGGCGCCUCGAUUGCGCGUACCCUUUUUUCAUUUCAGAUCGGAAUGCCAACAUCUCAUCUUUAAAAAAGCACUGAGGUGUCCCUUUGCCCUGAUAUCUCUCAAAACGUAGCGAUUAUCUUUUUGAUGCCGACCUGCCGCAUGGCAGGGUAAGGCGAUCAUCAUGGGCUUCUUUAGCAAUAUCUUUGCGCGAAAGAGUCAAAACAGGGCUUCGCUCAAGGGUCAAGCGUACAAUUCGACUGUAGCCUCAAUCCCACCAAUUCAAGGAACAUACCCAGUCGCAGGAAAUGGUCCAAACGUAUUGGAUCAGCUGCAGCGAGCAGCCAGAAAACGCAGCCAAGCCCAAUUAUCAACGGUAUCACAAGAUCCAACCGCGCCACCUCCCAUGGUCCCCCGAUUCAGAGGCCCAUCUCCCUCGCGCCCAACAACAGCGCCAAACCAAGCCAACAGCCUCUCAUCCCGCCCACUCUCCCUCUCACGAAGCAUCCGAAGCUCCAAUUCAGCAUGGAGUGUUCCAGAGCGACAAACACGAGGUCGCGAACGACCACCGCCCGUACCGUCAAUCCCAACGCACCAUCGUCGCGAGAGCUCGACAGAUUCAGCGCAUGAUAAGCGCAAUUCGUUUAUAGAUAUUCUCGAUGCGCAGGGGGAGUUGAGGCCCUCGAAUUUUAGAUCAAGGGUGGCUGCUUCGGGGGCUCGGGAGUAUGGGGAGGAUGUUGCGGAGAGGAAUAUUGGCGAAAAUGGCGUGAACCUCAAUAGUGCUGCUGCAAAGGCGUUUUAUCGACUUUCUGGGGGGAGGGAGCUGCAGUCGUUUGGGUAUGAGGAAGAAGAAGAGGAUGAUUCUGCGCCGGCGCCGGGCGUUCCGCAUGGUGAUCUGGGGACGAUACGGGAGGCUUGGUCGAGACCAUCGAGUUCAUCAGCUUGGAGAUCAUUUUCGGGAUCAAUUGGGAACGAUCUGCUAAGAUCAGGGAAGACACAACGACGAAAAUCGCAAUCGAAUCUCAACCCAGGAACAUUAUCGAUGCGGGAUCGGAGAAGGUCCUUCAAUGCAUUCGCUUCUCCAUCAGAACCCGAACCUCAACCUCGCAAGCCUCGACCUAUGAGUCUCCAUCCUUCACUAUCCAGUGAGUUGACAUACGAGACGUCAUCUUCACCACCGCCACUUCAAAGAUCUAGACCAAAGACGAGUGAAGGUCGGAGUCGAGGAAGGAGUUUUGGCCGUGUUGAGAUUGAUACAGUGGACGAGGCGUUUGAUGAAGCUGCGCCGUGUCCGAUUAUCCCAGCGCAGUUCAGACCAGACAAGCGGGCAAGUGUAUACCUUGAACCAAACUACCGAUAUGACCGGAUUGAUGUCCAUCAUCCUCGUCCAGCAUCAUGUCAUGGAGGAUCAACUCUUUCAUCUUAUCCGCGAAGCGAACUGUCACAACCUUCACGCCCAUCGAGCUCUUCGUCAAUCGACAAACUAUUUCCUCGAUCUCGCACCAUGGCCAGCGUUGCUCUACGGAACCAACGUCUGGAUGAUAUAAACGAACACAUCCCAGUGCGGACAUCUUCUCUAAACGUCAAUUCACAAGCAAACAUCACUCCUACAACACAGUCAUCUGGGUUCUCAAGCAUCCAAUACCCCGCUGGGCAUCACACGCCAAGCACAUCUAUCGAUGCAUCUCUGCCACCUUCAAUCAAGAUGCGUCCUGAUCAUCAGCAGAGCGCUGCAGCUAGUCAAAACACUCAGCAUAACUCACCUGGUGACGACUAUUCCGCCGAGACGCUUGUUCCAUCACGGAUGGAUGUGGAGCAACAUCUCGGCCAUCCCAUAACAACCGGCCAUGACAUGGAUCUGUACCUCUCCGAUGCAAGCGAAGACUCAAUAGACUCCUUCGUCGCAUGGAAAGAGAAGCGUUGCGACGGCGAAGGACUCCUUAUGAAGGACCACUACGGCAUGUCAGGCGACGGUCUCCCAGGCAUAUACGAACCCCUCCCCAUCCUCAAAGCACCCGCCUCACCACCCCCAAUCCCCAUAAUCCCCCCCUCACCAAUCUCCAAACGCCCCAAAACACCAAAAAGCCCAAAGAGCCCUCGCACACGAAGCAACAAGUCCACACCCCGCCGCGCCCGCCAAUCCCGCAGCCGCACAACUACACCCCGUCGAAAACGCCAAGUCUCUACCUCUGAAGACCAAGACUCCGAUUCAUUCUGGGAGAGCGAUGCUCCCGUCGCACCAGGCUUUGUGUCCCUCGCUGAUUUGGGCAUUGAUCUUCGUGAGAUAGGGUGGGAUCAGUAUGGGCUUACGGAGGCGGAUGAUGCAAAGGUUGAUAUACAGACUGCGAUUAAACUGCGCAGGGCGAUGGAGAUGAGGAAGAAGCAGAAGGAGAGGGUUGAGGAUGAGGGGUGUGCGGCGGAUGUGGAGGACUAACGAAGAUAUGAAGGAAGCAUGGAGUUUGGGAUAGGGAUAGGAUACUAUGGUAUGAAGGAUUUCUUUUGUAUUAUGAUUUGGGCGUUUAUAUACGGAGGCAUUGUUUGGUCAUGGAUGAUGGGUUAGCAUAACGAUGGAUACCAAUGCGCAUUGUUUCUUUGUUCAAUUACUUGCAUGCUUCGAUGUGAUGUCUUCGUUACUCGAAUGCGAUAAUACCGCAG